AUGCAUAGGAGGGUGGGCUGUGGUGCAAGUGGUUUGAUUGUCGGGAUCAGUGAGGGGGCUUCCCUUCCCAACUUCGCAUCAUGGAACCCUCUCUUAUUACUGGCGCAAGCCUUGUCCACCUCGGCGCUCGUGACAUUGUAUUUCGUUUAUGCAGGGCAUGUCGGUCAAAGAUCGUCGCGAUCACUCAAGACGAUAACGACAUGCUACUUUAUUGCGCCAAAUGUGAAGACACCGUUUCCCAUUUCCAAGCCAGUAUAUGAUGCAUUGGAGGGAUUGCUUGGAUGUGAUGCAAGCACCUAUUGCGAGCUUCUUUUAGAGAAUCCCGACUUGCCGGAAUAUGUCCGAGAAGGAAUACAAGGAUUGAUGUGCCAUUUAUUGGUACGAGAAAAGCGUGAAGGACAGUCAAGUGACAGUUUCCAAGUAUUGGAUGGCAUUAUCCCAGCAGAUCCAUCAUCCUUUGAGCCUAUUCUCGUGCCGUAUCUUAGCAACGAACAACUAGCAGCAAGCCAGUCUCAACGACUCGAAGAAGAUUCUUCUAGUGAUGAAUUUUACGAUGCAUAA